AUGGCAGACGUAAAAGUUCUUGUCUACCACUACCGGGCUGAGGGUCACCCAGUUGUUCGUAACGGUCUCGCGGUGAUCACCCACCAGGAGCUGACCGACAUCCUCGCGGCCGAUCAAACCCUCCAGUUCAGCACUAAGGCUAUCCCGCAUCUCACUCGCUCCAUCGACAUUUACCAGAGCGACCUCCACACCGCCUCGCAAGCCGCUGCUGAGCCUGCUGGUACGCAUCCAAACGACGGCUCCAAUGUCGCCUCCGUGACGUUCCCAGUAAAGGUUAUCUUGGGCAUUAUCGCCGGCACCCACAAGGAAAUCUACAUCCUCAGCAAGAAGACUUCCUAG